CGAAUCUUUAAAUUCCCCUGCCUUGUCGACUCUUUCGACAAUGUCGCUCUUGUAAACUCCGUUCUUUCAACCUUGAAAGGCCUCCAUAGUCCCUUCUUCGGACUUUUCGAUCGCAACUCUCCGACCACAUAGAAAAUUCCGUCCCGUUCUUGGAUUCCUAAUUAACCUUUAUAGUUCUUGAUCCAAACCAACAUCGCGUCUUUUUUAUUUGCCCCAGCGAAACACAAUGGCGGCGGCUAGCGAGUCUGUGCUUCUCAGAUUUGGAAACGAAGUCGCAAAGCAGCCCACCCUUUUUUCUGGUCCGAUGAAGAGUCGGUUCUUGGGUGUUCCAGUUACCAGCGGCGCUAUUUCUUGGGCUGGAAGGAAGCGACAAGUGGAUUCUAGGUUGAGGUUAGCUGGAGUUCGGGCAGUGGCGGAGGCAGCUAGAGUUCAGAGCUUGAGUGGGCAGGAGCCGAAUUUCGGGAUGGCAAUUGACACAGUGGCGGAGGAGGUGCUGAGGGGAGAAGGGUUUUCAGGGAUGAGGAAGACGAAGCUGGUGUGCACGAUAGGGCCAGCAUGUUGCUCGUUGCUGGAAUUGGAGCGAUUGGCGGCGGGUGGGAUGAAUGUGGCACGCCUGAAUAUGUGCCAUAACAGCAGAGACUGGCAUCGGGAUGUGAUUGCCAAGAUCAAGAAGUUGAACGAACAAAAGGGGUUUUCUGUCUCGGUGAUGAUUGACACCGAAGGGAGCCAGAUUCAUGUUGUGGAUCAUGGAGCUCCUUCCUCUCUCAAAGCUGAGGAAGGCUCAGUUUGGGUAUUUACCAGCCAGAAGUUUGAAGGCUCCCGUCCCUUUACAGUCAGAGCAAAUUUUGAAGGGUUCUCUCAAGGAAUUAUGGUUGGUGAUGAACUUGUUAUUGAUGGUGGAAUGGCAAGCUUUGUGGUUGUUGAGAAAAUGGGAGAUGACCUACGCUGCAAGUGCACUGAUCCAGGUCUCCUCUUGCCUCGCGCCAAAAUGAGCUUCUGGAGAAAUGGCAAGCUUUCCUACCACGGCCUGCCAACUUUGUCUAAAAAGGACUGGGAAGACAUUGAUUUUGGAGUCUCUGAAGGUAUAGAUUUCAUUGCGGUGUCAUUUGUUAGUGAUGCCGAUUCUAUCAAGCAACUAAAGAACUAUCUCUCUACCAGCUCAUCCAACAGAUCGGUGAAAGUGUUGGCAAAGGUCGAGACCCUGGAAUCUCUUCAAAAUUUGGAAGAAAUCGUAGAGGCAUCAGAUGGAAUCAUGGUGGCUCGUGGAGACCUAGGGGUUGAGGUUCCAAUUGAACAGAUUCCGACAGUCCAGGAAGAGAUAACUCGCAUAUGUAGGCAGCUAAACAAACCAGUCAUUAUAGCUUCUCAACUUUUGGAAUCAAUGAUCGAAUAUCCAACCCCGACACGAGCCGAGGUUGCUGACGUUACCGAAGUAGUGAGACAGUAUGCGGAUGCACUGAUGUUAUCUGGUGAAUCCGCCAUUGGCUCAAAUGGUCAAAAGGCAGUGUCGGUCUUAAAGAUGGUGAGUAGCCGGAUGGAGCUGUGGACCCGUGAGGAACAUCAACAAGCUUCUGCUCUCUAUUCCUAUAAAAAACUUGGAGCUUCAUUGGCAGACCGAAUUGCGGAAGCAAUAUGCAACUCUGCUGUUGAAAUGGCUAAUAACCUUGGGGUGGAUGCCAUAUUUGUGUACACAAAGCACGGAGAGAUGGCAUCACUGCUGUCUCGGAACCGACCAAAUCCUCCAAUAUUUGCAUUCACCAACGACCGCAGUGUCAGGAUGGGCUUGAAUUUGCAGUGGGGGGUCAUCCCAGUUCUUGUUGAUAAUUUAUCAGAAGACAUGGAAGCCAACGUCUUGAAAACCACUCAACUACUGAAAACAAAGGGGAUGGUGAAACGAGGAUGUUCCGUUCUUGUAGUCUCUGAUAUAUUUUCUACCUCUGCAACUCCCAAUGCCUUCCAGUCCAUCAAGAUGAUCACCAUUUCUUAAUGAAGUUGCAGUUUAUGGUUUGGUGGAAUAGCUUUGACUGGCAGCAGGAAGAGAUAUGCUGCCUGCUGGUGUUGUUGUGAAACUGCUUUCGUUUCCUUUUAGGAUUUCUUAUGUCUUGUAACUGAAAUUGUUGGAAUUAUUUUGAAAAUUGCUUAGCUGCAUCCAUAUUGAUAUUGCAUUUUCAAUUACGAGAUGAUAUGGAGAUGUGAGAUUAAUGACUUAGAUUGCACAAAUUAUUUUGAUGACAAUAAGAAC